UCCCGUCCUCGAGCUGCAGACGUCCCUCCACUUCAGAUCACACUCUUCCGCUUCAAGUCGCUACUAUAUCUACCUAGGUACCUCACACAAGCUGGUCGCCGACAGAAUCAAGGGAACGUCACAAAAUGCAUUGUUCAUCCAUGUUUGACUGGCUCAGGAAGCGGAAGGCCAGACUUCAGCCUACUCCAGAAUUAAAUGCAGCUGGACAUUCUCGAGGUGCACCGACAUCAACAAGGAUGAACUUUUAUUCCCUUCGUGGCCUCCGUUGAGCCCAAGAGAAAUUCUCUCCCGCCGAGAAUUCUACAAGGACCGCAUGAGAUAUCGCAAAUAUCGUGCUCCCAGAGGCGUAUUCGAAGACACGCCGCUAUACAGCCUGUAUCGCUUAUACGAGUGGAUUAUGGUAGAUCAUACCAUCAACAUGCGCAAUGAGCUUGAGAUGUUCUGGUGGAAUCGCUGGCCGGUCUCUAGCAUUCCUGACCCCGGCGAGCAGGCUGAUUCGGAGCGAUAUGCUGUGCUAGCCUGUAUACCUGCGCUACUGAUAGAAAGCUUCAACGAUCGUAUCGAAAAGGGCCUGCGACGCGAGGAACCACACUCGAUUCUAUCUCUCGAGGAGCACCUACAGUUGGCAGCAACACCCAAGAACCUGGAGAGAGAGCCAGCCUGGACGGAGGACGUGCCGCCCCUAGAGACAACCCUCUACAUUCCCCAUAGUCAGCCUGGGAGAACAUCCCAGCUGACGACAUUCGAUGACCCCGAAGCAUCUUCAGCAUUUAGGAAGAAGAACAUAUUGGCAAUGGAGCCCCAUAUUCACUUUAUUUAACUUCAUAAUACAUGCACGUAUGGAAUGAUCAGAUUUCCUCGUUGGCUGCCACGCAUUCAUUGAACAAUGAGUUCAAAUCAACGCCACGUGAUCUGUCACAUGCGAUGCUACAAACCCUUGACAGCUUCCAUUCCAUCGAGGUGGGGCUAAAGUUCCCGUCGCCUACCUUAGCGCGAAGUUAGGUGGUACCUAUCUGCUCCGCCCAGGUUUACCAGAUUGCGGCUUGUAUCAAGCUCCCCACGAUGGUCAGGUCGUCAAGAUGAUAUCGCGGCAAGCGUAUGCACCCACGCCCCACAGCUACGUGCCCAAUACUUCUCU